ACGUUCUGCCCUUUCGCAGAACUCCUGUUCUUUCUGAGGGAGUCCGCCAUAGUUGCUGGACAUAUAUUUCAGAUCAGGUCUACGGAUAUCAAACAUCAUCCAAAAUGGUGAACUUUACGGUAGACGAGAUCCGUGUCAUGAUGGACAAAAAGAAGAACAUUAGGAACAUGUCAGUCAUUGCUCAUGUAGAUCAUGGCAAAUCAACUCUGACCGAUUCCCUUGUAUCAAAGGCUGGUAUUAUCGCUGGAGCUAAAGCUGGUGAGACGAGAUUUACAGAUACGCGCAAAGAUGAGCAAGAACGUUGUAUUACUAUUAAAUCAACAGCUAUAUCCAUGUUCUUUGAACUUGAACAAAAGGAUUUAGUUUUUAUAACGAAUCCCGAUCAACGUGAUUUAGAAGAGAAGGGUUUCUUAAUUAAUCUUAUCGAUUCACCAGGCCACGUUGACUUCUCCAGUGAAGUUACAGCUGCUCUUCGUGUUACGGAUGGAGCACUCGUUGUUGUAGAUUGUGUAUCUGGUGUAUGCGUGCAAACAGAAACUGUACUUCGCCAAGCAAUUGCUGAACGAAUUAAGCCUGUUUUAUUCAUGAAUAAAAUGGACCGAGCUUUAUUAGAAUUACAGCUCGAUAGUGAAGAUUUGUAUCAAACAUUCCAACGAAUUGUUGAAAACGUUAACGUUAUUAUCGCAACUUAUUCUGACGACGAUGGACCCAUGGGUGAAGUCAGAGUAGACCCAAGCAAAGGAUCUGUAGGUUUUGGUUCGGGUCUUCAUGGUUGGGCUUUUACUUUAAAACAAUUUUCUGAAAUGUACGCAGAAAAAUUCAAAAUAGAUGUUGUUAGACUUAUGAACAGAUUAUGGGGUGAAUCUUUCUUUAAUCCAAACACCAAAAAAUGGAGCAAACAAAAGGAACCAGAUAAUAAACGGUCAUUCUGUAUGUAUGUGCUAGAUCCAAUUUAUAAGGUAUUCGAUUGCAUUAUGAAUUUCAAGAAAGACGAGGCUAAUACACUUUUAAAGAAAUUAGGUAUUACUUUAAAACCAGAAGACAGAGACAAAGACGGUAAAGCAUUGCUUAAGGUUGUUAUGAGAUCAUGGUUACCAGCUGGUGAAGCUUUACUUCAGAUGAUUGCAAUUCACCUUCCUUCUCCAGUAACUGCACAAAAAUAUCGUAUGGAAAUGUUAUAUGAAGGACCACUCGAUGAUGAAGCUGCCAUUGGUAUUAAGAAUUGUGAUCCAAAUGGACCUCUCAUGAUGUACGUAUCUAAAAUGGUACCAACAUCUGAUAAAGGACGUUUUUAUGCCUUUGGACGUGUAUUCUCUGGUAAAGUGUGUACCGGUAUGAAAGCCCGUAUUAUGGGACCGAAUUUCCAGCCUGGAAAGAAAGAGGAUUUGUAUGAGAAAGCUAUUCAACGUACUAUCUUGAUGAUGGGACGUUACGUUGAAGCCAUUGAAGAUGUGCCUUCUGGUAACAUUUGUGGACUUGUUGGUGUUGAUCAGUUUUUAGUAAAAACUGGAACUAUUACUACUUUUAAAGAUGCACACAAUAUGAAAGUUAUGAAAUUCUCGGUUUCUCCUGUUGUACGUGUAGCAGUUGAACCCAAGAAUCCUGCAGAUUUACCGAAACUGGUUGAAGGUCUGAAACGUCUUGCUAAGUCGGAUCCUAUGGUGCAAUGUAUCAUCGAAGAAUCUGGAGAGCACAUUAUCGCCGGUGCUGGCGAACUUCAUCUUGAAAUUUGUUUGAAAGAUCUUGAAGAAGAUCACGCCUGUAUACCAAUUAAAAAGUCUGAUCCUGUCGUAUCAUACAGAGAAACUAUUGCGGAACAAUCUAAUCAGAUGUGUUUGUCGAAAUCACCAAAUAAACACAACCGAUUAUUUAUGAUGGCUUGUCCAAUGCCUGAUGGUCUUGCCGAAGAUAUUGACAAUGGUGAAGUAAAUCCAAGAGAUGAUUUUAAAGUACGUGCGCGGUAUUUGAAUGAGAAAUAUGAUUAUGAUGUAACCGAAGCAAGAAAAAUUUGGUGCUUUGGACCUGAUGGAACUGGUCCAAAUAUUCUUGUUGAUUGUACCAAAGGAGUGCAAUAUCUUAAUGAAAUUAAGGACUCGGUCGUUGCUGGAUUCCAAUGGGCAACUAAAGAAGGUGUACUUUCGGAAGAAAAUUUGCGAGGUGUUCGUUUCAAUAUUCACGACGUAACGUUACACGCUGACGCUAUUCACAGAGGUGGUGGACAAAUCAUUCCUACCACAAGACGUUGCCUUUACGCCUGUCUACUCACUGCCUCGCCACGACUCAUGGAGCCUGUUUAUUUAUGCGAAAUUCAAUGUCCUGAAGUAGCUAUUGGUGGUAUUUAUGGAGUAUUGAAUCGCAGAAGAGGUCACGUAUUCGAAGAACAGCAAGUGGCCGGUACUCCAAUGUUCGUAGUCAAAGCCUAUCUUCCUGUAAAUGAAUCCUUUGGCUUUACUGCAGACUUACGUUCCAAUACCGGUGGUCAAGCCUUCCCCCAGUGUGUAUUUGAUCAUUGGCAAAUCUUGCCUGGUGAUCCAAUGGAGCCAUCCUCUCGACCAUACCAAGUUGUGCAGGACACGCGUAAGAGGAAGGGUUUGAGGGAAGGAUUACCGGAUCUAAGUCAAUACCUCGACAAAUUGUAACCGGAAAUUUCCACACCGCAUGCACAGUAAAAAAACGAUUUACGAAAGCUGUAAUUUAUUUUAACACAAAAGAGUCAGUCCCCCCGUCAGAAUUUUCUUUUGUGUCAAAACAAAUUAGGUUUGUUAUAACGUUUUUUUAUUGAAACUAAUAAUGUUAUUUUUUUUUGUUAUUAAAAUUAUCUGAAUCGCCAAUUUCGUUUACCAAUGAUCAUAAAAUCGCAACAAUACUGUAAUCUUUCCGAACAUGAACAAUAUAAGAAGAUUAAACAAAAGAUUAUAAAAGA